CUCCAUCGCAUUCCGAUACAUACCAUUGAAAACAAUACACUCAAUCAUCUGAAUCUUGAAAACGCAGUCAUGUCGAACCUCAUCAACAAAGCAAAGGAUGCCUUGUCCGGCGACAAGCACAAUACCUCAGGGACAGCACAGUAUGACGACCCUCGCAGCACCAAUGCCGGGCCUCACUCCUCGAACCUUGCCAACAAGGGUGAUCCAAGAGUCGACUCUGACCUCGAUAACCGCAACAACCCUGCCAGCCGGACUGGAGGGUUAGGAAACACCCAGACUGCUGGUGAUGGAUAUGGCACCUCAGGCACCACCGGUACAUCUGGAGGUUAUGGUGCAACAGGCACUUCUGGCGUGGGAGGAACAUCCUCCGCCCAGUAUGACAACGCCAGGAGCACCAACGAAGGUCCCCAUUCUUCCAACCUAGCAAACAAACUCGACCCUCGCGUCGACUCUGACCGUGACGGCCGCAAUGAUCCAACAAGCCGCACAGGUGGAUACGGUCAGACCCAAACUGGCACGACGGGAACAACUGGAGCUGGAUAUGGUGGUGCUGGCACCACUGGCACUACCGGUGCUGGCUAUGGCAAUUCAGGAACCACAGGUACCUCUGGGGCAGGUUAUGGUGGUGCUGGCACCACUGGUACCACCGGUACCACCGGUGGAUCUACCAAUGCAGGCCCUCAUUCUUCCAACCUAGCCAACAAGCUAGAUCCUCGUGUCGACUCUGACCGUGACGGACGAAAUGAUCCCACCAGCCGCACUGGAGGAUAUGGACAGACCCAGGGAAGCUCUGGUCUUGGAUCAAGCGGCGUCACAUCUGGCCACAACGCAGCCACAACAGGUGUUGGAGGAACAAGCGGUGGCUAUGGCAAUGAUCCUCGCUCCACCAAUGCUGGACCUCAUUCAUCCAACUUGGCCAACAAAGCCGACCCCAGAGUUGAUUCUGACCGUGACGGACGCGCCGGUGGACUUGGCUCAUCAACUGGAGCUGGCUACGGCUCGUCGCACACUGGUACCACUGGCACCACUGGCGGUGCCUCUGGUAUCGGCGGUGAAACUGGAGGCUAUGGAAAUGACCCUCGCUCGACCAAUGCUGGUCCCCAUUCAUCCAACAUGGGGAACAAGGCUGACCCUAGAAUCGACUCCGAUCGUGAUGGGCGCUCUGGCGGUGGUCUUACAGGUACCACAGGCAGUGGUACAACUGGUGGCACAACAGGGUCUGGUCAAACCACUGCCACCGGUGCUCCAUCAACCCAGGAGAAGGCACAUAACUCCAGCCUGUUGAACCGCCUCGACCCUAGAGUCAAGACCGACUCUCAAGGAAACCCAACCCACUAGAUGAUGGGUACGUCUGAAAAGGAUAACGGCAGGGAAUUGUUGGAGGAUGAGUUAUGACUCGUUUCUGAAUUGCGAUUAUGUUCGCACGACCAAAGUCAUCAAGACAGCUGUAUGUAUAGCGCGGAAUCGUAAUUGAU